AUGCACACGACCCGACUCUCAAAACUCACACUGACGCUGCUCCUCGGGUUCAUCGCGGCCGUCACGCUGGGCAUGCUCUGCCAGCGUCACUCUCUGCGCCACGCUUCUCACUUCGCAGCCGGCCGUCUCACGCGCCUGUUCGGAACGACCGCGCACACCGUCGGUCCGACACACGUCGUCAUGACGUCGGCAGCGGCAGAGCGCCGCGUCAUCAUCGUCGUCGGGUCCGGGCUCGCGGGCCUGGCGGCGGCGCACGAGGCGCUCCAGCGCGGGGCGCACGUGCGCAUGCUCGAGCGCGGGGCCAAGACGGGCGGCAACAGCAUCAAGGCGUCGUCCGGGAUCAACGGCGCCGGCACGCGGUUUCAGAAGGCGAGGGGCAUCGAGACGGACACGUCGUUUUACGGCGACACGGUGCGGUCGGCGGGGGCCAGGUUCGCCGCGGCGGCGGCUGAGGAUGCGGCGGGCAUCGACAGGGCGGGCCUCGUCGGCACGCUGACGGGGCGGUCGGCCGAGGCUGUGGCGUGGCUUGCGGACGACAUGGGCGUCGACCUCGGCGUCGUGGCGCCGCUGGGCGGCCACUCUGUCGCGAGGACGCACCGCGGCGCCGGCGCGCUGCCGCCCGGCGCGGCCAUCGUCACGACGCUGCUGAAGAGGCUGCAGGCGGACCCGAGGUUCGAGCUGACGACGUCCGCCGAGGUCGUGGGCCUGAUGACGGCGCCGGGCGGGGCCGUCACGGGGGGCCGGCAAACGCACGAGAAGCAGCGGCACGAACUGGCCGGGCCGGUCGUCUUCGCGGCGGGUGGGUUCGCGGGCGACGCUCGUGGUCUCCUGGCGCAGUAUCGCCCCGACCUCGCCGGCAUGCCGUCGACGAACGAGGCGCGGCCCGGCGCGCACGGUCUGCUGACAGAUGUUGGCGCCGAGCUCGUCGACAUGGACAGCGUGCAGAUUCACCCGACGGGGUUCGUCGACCCCGAGGCGCCGGCGGCGCAGUACAAGUUUCUCGCGGCUGAGAUGCUGCGCGGCGAGGGCGGCAUCUUGCUUUCGUCCGACGGGCGGCGGUUCGUCAACGAGCUGGCGACGAGGGAGGUCGUCAGCAGGGCCAUCAUGGAGGAGAGGCAACCCGCCGGAGACGAGGCGACGGUGCGGCAGUGGGACGUGACGCUGGUGCUCGACCCGGGAGCCUGCGAGGCGGCCGGUUCUCACCUGGGCUUCUAUCUGUUCAAAGGGUUCAUGGAGAAGAAAAGGGUAGGUGAGCUGCCACCCAAUAUGAUCGAGGCCGUGGACCGGUACGCCGAGGUGGUCGCAUCAGGUCAGGAUAACGAAUUUGGAAGAUCGUCUUUUGGGCACUGGAGAUUGCAGCCGGGCAAAACGAACCGGGAAGAGGUCGUCUGCGUGGGUACGGUGACGCCCAUUGUGCACUUCACCAUGGGAGGCGCUGCGUUCGACGCAGAGGCCCGCGUGCUGCGGCGAGGGGCGGGCGGCGUGCUGGAGCCGAUUGAGGGACUCUGGGCGGCUGGUGAGAUUACUGGAGGCGUCCAUGGUGACAACAGACUAGGAGGGUCAUCUCUGCUCGAGUGCGCGGUGUUUGGGCGAAUGGCUGGACAGCAGGCCGCAAAGGCUUUGUCGGGGUGA